AUGAAUAAUUUAAAUAAUAAUAAUAACAAUAAUAAUAAUAGUAUAAAUAAUAAUAAUAAUUAUAGAAAAAGAACAAAUGAUAUAGAAAUUAAUGAAAAUAUAACCUUUUCAGAACUAUUAUUAAACAAAGAUAUAUUAAGAGGACUUGAAGAUGCAGGUUAUAUAAAGCCAUCUCCAAUUCAAUUAAAAGCUAUACCCUUGGGUAUAAGUGGUAUCGAUAUGAUUGCACAGGCUAAAUCUGGCACUGGGAAAACUGUGGUAUUUGGUGUUAUAGCUUUAGACUAUUGUGAAAUGGUUGGUGGUGUACCUCGUAAACCUUUGGUUUUAAUUAUGGCGCCAACCAGAGAGAUUGCUGUCCAAAUAGGUGAUGUAGUCAAGCAAAUUAGCAAAUAUUGCAAAAGAAUUAAAACACAAGUCUUUAUUGGUGGUUUAAAAGAGGAUAAUGAUAUUCAUCGUUUAGCUGGUUCUCAAAUUAUAGUGGGUACUCCUGGAAGAAUUAAAUCACUAAUCGAAAAUUUACAACUCAGGACCGAUACCUUGAAAAUGUUAAUUCUUGACGAAGCUGACAAGCUAUUAGAUGCAUCUUUUACCAAAAUUAUAAACUGGAUCUAUACCACAAUGCCUGCAAACAGACAAAUAUUAGCAUUCUCUGCUACCUAUCCAAGCUAUCUUAUUAAUAUAUUACAAGCCUAUAUGAAAUCACCUAUCCAAAUUAGACUAUGUUCAGAUACUCCAUCUUUAGAGGGCAUAAAACAAUAUUAUCAAGUUUUUAAAAAUCCAAAUUCAACGAAUCCAGGUACCAACUAUAAAUUAUUUCAAGAGAAAAUAAAAUCAUUACUUUUAAUAUUGGAACAGGUAUCAUUUUAUCAAGCAAUUAUAUUUAUUAAUCAUAAAAUAAGAGCCGAGGAACUUGCCAGAAUAUUAAAUAGGGAAAGCUGGCCCACAUCGUUUAUUGCCGGUGGUCAAGAUCAACGCGAACGUUUACAAACAAUGAAUGCAUUAAAACAAUUUAAUAUACGUAUUUUGGUUUCAACCGAUUUAAUCUCUCGUGGUAUUGAUGUUGAAAGAGUAAACUUAGUAAUUAAUAUGGAUUUACCAAAAGAUCACGAAACUUAUUUUCAUAGAAUUGGUAGAACUGGUAGAUUUGGCACCUUUGGCAUAUCAGUAACAUUUAUA